AUGCGGGAUUUAUCUUCCGAGGCCGAGCCAAGCGAUAUUUAUAACGGGUUGAAUAACUCUCAGCUCCUGGAAAUCAUCUCGCAAAUCGCAUGGAUCCAAGUCUACGGGUUAGCCGGGAAGCCGAUUCCAGAAAUACGGGUUUCUGACGGGUACAUGCAAAUUUUUUACCAAAUGGAGGAGCCAGCAGAGUACCUGGACCACGCUACACCCCAGGAUGACGAAAUGUUUCGAGAAAAAUGCGUCACCUUCUACAAGAGCCGCGAGUUCUGGGACUACGUACUGCGGAUAGGACACAGAAAUCAGCCGAAGACAUUUUUAUCUAUUAAUAUUCUAUUGCGAUACGGAAAUGAGGCGAAAGAG